AUGCUGCCGUCACGGGUACCACUCCAGCUGCCAGCAGCGAUGGCAGUGUCGCUGGCGUACCUCAACGCCGGCAUGUUUUUCGGCUGGAGUUCGCCGAUAAUCCCGGAGCUGCAGAAGAACACGUCGCACAUCCCCAUCACGGAGGACCAGGGCUCGUGGCUGGCGUCCGUGGGCCUGCUCGCCUCGGUGCCGCCCACUCUGCUGCUCGGCGUGUUCGUGGAGACUGUUGGCCGCCGAUGGGCGCUGCUGUUCGCUGCCUUACCCCUUCUGACCUUCGCUGUGUGGCAGCGGUUCGCCACCACCUUCGGAGAACUGCUCGCCACCAUCGUGGUGGGCAGCGUCAGCACGAGCAUCAUCCUACCUCUGGGCCCCGUUUACUUGGUUGAAAUAGCCGAGGACCGCAUCAGAGGAUUCUUGGUGUCAAUGGCUACAACUGUGGCGGGACUCGGUGCCCUGCUGAUGACCGCUGUUGGGCCAAAACUGUCUUUCUUUACGGUGACCGAAAUCAUGAUGGUCUGGCCGGUCUUGUUUGCGGCCGUCUUCUGGUGGAUGCCGGAGAGUCCGUACUUCUUGUUGGCGAAGCAUCGCACGGACGAAGCGACCAAGGCGCUGAUGAGGCUGCGCGGGAAGAGUUCGGAGGAGGAGGUGCAGGCCGAGCUGGAGGUCAUCCAGAGGGGACUGGAGGAGAGCACGCAAAAGGAUGUCAGCGCCGCAGACGCCUUCCGGGAGCUGCGGAGGAACGCCGCGUCGCGGAGGCUCUUCAUGCUAUCAAUGGUCUUCACGAUGUUCGUGGUGCUGAGCGGCAUGGACGCCAUCAAUGCCAACACGCUGCAUAUCCUGGUGGAGAGUAACAGCUCGCUGGACCCGGAGCUUUCGGCCAUCGGCGUCUCCAGCAGCAUGGUGCUGUCCUGUUUUGUGUUCUCCCUCGUGGUGGACCGACUGGGUAGGAAGCCACUGCUGCUGUUCUCCUUAUGUGGCUGCUGCGUCGCCACUACAUCCCUCGGCGUCUACUUCUUCCUCAGCAUCUACGCCAGCGAGGGCGCCACAGACGAUAUCUUCUGGCUGCCUCUUGCCAGUCUUAUUGUCUUUUUUGUGUCCUUAGGCAUGGGCUUGAACUCUCUGCUGUGGGUGAUGCCCAACGAGCUGGUGCCGCCCUCGCUUCGAGUGCUGGCCUCCUCCUCCGUCUACGUCUUGGUGGCGGUGUUCGGCUUCAGCGACACCAAGUUGUUCCAGGUGGUCACCGACGCCUACGGCGCUUUUAUACCUUUCUGGUUUUUCGCGGCGUGCUCUUUCCUAGGGAUUAUCUUCGUGUGGUUCUUCAUUCCUGAAACCAAAGGACGCUCGUUGGUGGACAUAUCAUCUGAGAAGAGUGUUGAAUCUUGUCCACACCAUGACCAGUCCAGCCAACCAACUUGAUAACUCAGGCGAAUAUAGAUGGUAUUUUAGCA